AUGUGUGAGGGCGCGAUAAAUGGUUGUCAAUUGUGUGAUAUCAUCUGGAGACAUUUUUUUAGAGAUAAAUCGCCAGAGGAGUAUAGGGAGUUUCCGUUGUGGUUGAGGGGGGGUGCGGUGCAUCUUGUGAGGAGUGGGUCGAGGUAUAGGGUUAAGGGGGUGGGAGAUGGAGGUGGUAGUGAGGAGAAAGGAGAUGGGUACGGUGAUGAGGGAUUUGAAAUUAUGGUGGAGUUAAAUACGCAGAUGGAUAGAGAGGUGCCGAGAUGGAAAACUAUUAACAUGUCGGUUUUGAAGGCAGAAGAAUGUCUCGCACCACUUCGAGAACUACCAAAACCGGAUCUCAGUAUCUUUUCUGAUAAUACAUGGAAAACUAUUCUUCAAUGGGCAAAUGAUUGUAUUGAAAACCAUCCUAAAUGUAACACCUCGACCGAAGAACCUCCAUGGUAUCCCACGCGCUUAAUCGACAUACAGUAUCUCAGCGAUCCAGACCCAGUAGCUCAACUCACAGCACUGAUGUUCAACAUAUCCACUGGUCAUUUUCUCGCAAAUUGCAAAUUAAUAGAAACGAAAGAUACUCCACCAGAAGAUCCCUCCUAUCUCACACUUAGCCAUCGCUGGCCCGCUCAAGGAGGAAUCAGCGCCCGACUCGAAACAUCCAAUAUCGAAGAAAUGAAAGAUUUCAUCUCCCACGAUAUCCUACCCCCCCGAUUCCGCGAAGCGAUUCUCGUUGCACGCUGUCUAAAGGUCCGUUACAUCUGGAUCGACUCCCUGUGCAUCAUCCAAGACAGCUCUGCAGACUGGAAUCACGAAGCGCAAACCAUGGGUGACGUAUACGCGCAUUCUCUGCUCAAUCUCUGCGGAACCGCCGCACUCGAUAUAUUAAUCCCCUCGCGCAAUCCAGAGAUGAUCCAUCCCUGUAUCGUGAAAUCUACUUGGGACAACGCCCCAAAUAAUGAAUUCAUCAUUACCGAUUUCCAGUUCUGGAAAGAUCGGAUCUAUAGUUCGCCAUGUAAUAAACGGGCGUGGAUAACGCAGGAACGAUGGCUUAGUCCACGGAUCUUGCAUUUUGCGUUUGAUCAGAUGGUGUGGGAAUGUAGGACGCGUGAGGCUGCGGAGACGUUUCCGUUGGGGUUGCCGAAGCAAAUAAGGAUGAAUAAACAUACUGGGUUUAAAGUUUCUGGGAAUGUUCGAGUUUUUGGAAAUCAGCAGAAUGGAAAAGAAGAAAAUAAUUAUCUCCAAGACUGGUACCGCAUCCUCGAAACCUACGCCCGCUCCGAAGUAACCUUCUCAAAAGACCGACUCGUCGCCCUCGCCGGCAUCGCUCAAAAAUUCUCCCUCCACCUCCAAGACACCUUCCUCUCCGGACUCUGGCAGAACCAUCUCCCAGGUACUCUCCUUUGGAGCGUGCACAAAGGUCUGCGCACCAACCAUCCCUUGCCCUCCCCCACCCCCACCCCCGCAGCCCACGACCUCGUCGGAAAUACUCCCACAUACCACAUCACGGAAUCGAGUCGCCUCGCCUCCUACGAAGCGCCUUCCUGGUCCUGGGCUUCUGUAUCCGGGGACAUCGAUCCUGGAUUUUCUAUUGCUCUCUCCAGUAAAGAUUCUAUGAUUGAGCUGCGCACUGCGCAAAUAACACCACUCGAUCCCGCUCUCCCUUUUGGAAGAAUCUCCUCUGCGCAUUUAGUUUUGCGCGGGGUGCUCUAUCCCCUUUCUAUGGAUCCAUCUGAUUGGCCUGCCCAUCUUCCGUCUUGGAAUCGCGAACCGCCAACUAUCUAUAUUUCUGGACAACCGAAGACGAAAGUCGAAAUACUCGAGGGGAGUUUCGUGGAGAAAUAUAGUCAUGUGGUGCAUAUACGAGUCGAUCAACCAGAAGAGUAUAGCGAUAUAGGUCGUGCGUGUUUUUUGCCGGUUGCAAGAGCGAAGUUUGAGAGAGAGGGGCAUGAGAUGGAUGGAUUGAAGUUGGUGUAUGGAUUGUGCGUUCUGAGUACGGGGAAACCGGGGGAAUACAAGAGAUUGGGAAGGGUGGAUUUUAGUGGAGAGCAGUGCGAUUUGUUUGAAAUGGGAAUUGAGAAGCUUAAGGAAGGAAGAGAGAAUGAAGGGACCAAAUUCGAGAUGGGUGACAAGGAUUUGUACUUGCCGGAAGAGAUUGGUACUUUUAAGCUUGUUUAG